GUUUUCGGGUAGUGGUGAGUUCCUCAACCGCGCCUCUCACUAUUUGCAGAUCCCGCUCUUGGCGUAGAAGAAUUUCUAAAGGGCUCUUUCCGCGACUUUUUUAAUGUUUUCUUUCCAUUCUGACUGAAAAAUAAUCGUUUGUUGUACUUCGAACGAAGCAGUGAAAAGUUGUCGGGCCAGCGUUCUGUAUUUGAUGUGCAAUUCAUUUUGUUGUCGUUCUAAAGUUUUUGAGUACUCGUUACAGGUUAAAAGUUUUCUUUUAACGCCUUGUCAUUUUCUCUCUAAGUAUUGAAAUACUUUUUUAACUAUUGUAAUGUGAACAUUGGAAUAUUUCAUCCGGGAAAAUCUUCGUCACUUGACAUAACUGGAUAUUAAUGGAUAAAUCAAAUUUUUGAGACUAACUGGAUCGAGGUGAUACCUUUCCUGGUGCUAUAUAGACUGUCAACUUGUAUUAGAUAAUUAAAAAGAGACUGCUGACAAAUAGCUAGUUUCACAAUGUUCCCAACGGAAGCUAGACCCCCUAAGAUGAAAAAAGAAAACACUAUGUGGAAAUGUGAAGUGAUAGUUUUUGCCUUGUGCAUUUGUUUACUUUUUGGACAAAAUGUUACUGGGACAGUACAGCAUCUUAAUUUGACUUCCUCGCUAAAUCAAAUUUCUGAAGGUAUGGGUAAUGAAGGACAAAAUGAAGGAACAAAAGAUGAACUUGUUCUGGAGAACUUCAGCCGUACAGAAAGGAGCUUUCAUAGUGAUUCCAUGCUUGAGCCUCCGCAGAGACCUUCUGCUGAUCAGCUUGACCCAAAACAUAUGCCUUAUUUUGACAACAGUACGGAGAGAAACGUCACUUAUCAAGACUCGAAGCCGGUGUAUCUUCACUGCAAAGUCAGAAAUAUAGGAGAUCGUUCGGUUUCCUGGGUCCGACAACGAGAUCUUCAUAUUCUCACAGUAGGAGAUUAUACUUACACAACGGACCAAAGAUUUACCUCCAUGCAUUUUCAAGAAACUGAUGUGUGGACCCUUGAAAUCAAAUAUCCCCGUCAAACAGAUGCUGGAGUUUACGAGUGCCAAGUAAACACUGAACCAAAAAUGAGCUUAGGAAUUAGGUUAAAUAUUCUGGUUGCUGAAGCAAAAAUUAUUGAAGGACCGAAUUUGUACGUUCAAGAUGGCAGUCACUUGAACUUGACGUGUGUGGCCACCCCUUACGUGAAUCCCCCACCGUAUGUAUUUUGGCACCACGACGGAGAAACAAUCAGUUACGACUCUCACCACCGGGGGAUUACGGUGACCACUGAUCGAAUCAACUCCACGACAAUUAGCCGACUUCAUAUUCACUCAGUCAGAGCUGCUGAUUCUGGUAAUUAUUCCUGCCAACCAUCAUUUGCUGAGCCUGCCAAUACCACCGUACACGUUCUCAAUGGUGCAUUCCUCUUGACUGGACACAGAGAGACUAUUAAUGAUGAAGGAGAAAAACCAGCAGCGAUGCAACAUGGUCGACAAAACUCAGCACCUGUUUUACUAUCGUCAUCACUGCUUGUAAAUAGCAUGUUCAUACUUUUGAGCUUUUUCUUGUAUAAAUGACAGUACUACUGAGGUGGAGUUUCAGCUGUAUUCAAAAAUAUUCGCUCAAGGCAUGUGGCAUACUGAAAAUCAUCGCAAUGCGAUUGAAAUAUGAAAGUGUUUGACUGUUAUUUGCGGUUGUGUCACAAGAGGGACCUAUGUGUGAACUUAAAAUUAACUGUGAUGAACUUAAAGAGUGUUUUUAUGUGAAACAGAAAAGGCAAACACGGGCAAGGAAGAGUUACAUAUGUUAUUGCUCAUCAUGUGUAAUAGUCAAAGACUAAACAAUGCAUGGAAACUGUUAAAAGAUCAUUUAUUUUGAUAGAAAUCAUUCAUUCAUGUGUAAAUUCCUAACAUUUCUUGAGUGUGAAGUUCAGUAUUCAUCUCAUAAUUAUUGCUGUAAUAAAAUGUAAUAUUAUUUCUGUAAAAGUGACAGUAAACGGCAAGCAACUUUACGUUCGAAAACUUAACAUGGAAUAGAUAUAUUGCAUACAACAUAAUGGAAUUAUUUUGAUCCUAAAAAUGACACUUCUAAGUUACUGCUGAAAAAGCAAGCUGAUAUUUUUACAACGAGUGAUCUAAUAUCAACAGAUAUAUUGAUGACGAUGAAUAAUUGCAAGAAUUGAUCAAAAAACUAAUAUUAUUUGCCAUUCGUUAAACAUCUGUGCUUAAAAAACAUGCAGUAAUUCCUAAAUAAAUUUUCUGCCAAGACCAUUAACGGAGUCAUAUUUGAAUUUCCAGUUUUAACCGUUGCAAAAUUAUUGUAAGCCAACUUCCUAAUUGGUUAAAAGCUAAACUGGUUAUAAUAAUGUACAUUCGUUAUUUCUAACACACAACGUGUAUUGAAUGCAGUAUCAGAUUGAUUGUAAAAUGUUUAAAUUUUUUCUUUUUUUAAUCAGAAACUUAAAUUUUGAAAUUAAGUUGCUGUUUUUCUUUUGAGUAAAUGGGUUCGAUAUAAAAUAUUUUAGUUUAAAAGUAAGGAUUUAAAUAAAAAGCGUUUCUCUAUUCUUUUGUGUCUAGUAAAACAGUUUCUGUUAAACUGCUGUUUUAUAAUCGUUACGAAGGGAUAUGUAAUGACUACGUCAAAAUCGGUUUUUAGUGAACUUUAUAACGGUGCUGUGAGAUCUACUAAAAAGCUGGCUCAAAUCGGCAGAUGGACAGGAAAACCUUUUUCUGUAUUAAGUCGUUAUAUUUAAACUGUAACAUUUUGUAAAAUAUCUAAAAAUUUUACAUUUCAUGAAUGAAAUCCUAUUUUUUUCUGUCGAUAUUAGUUUUGUGUGUUCAAGAAGAAAUUGCUGGCCAUACUACGAGAAAAUACUUCAUAAGAAAAUCUGCCCUCUAAAUUACAGUUUGAAUAAAUAAUUAAAAACAAUUGCAAAAGAUUGUUUCAUUAUUUAUAUUUUUUAUUACUAGUUUUGUUCAAAAGCAUUUAUUUGAGCUAAGUCGUUAAAAGAUUGUUUAAUGUUUCAUGAUUAUACUUUAGCAUUGAGAUUUUAUUGCAAUUCAUAAUAAAUUUUAAAACAUUUGGUGACUUUGUAAAUUAUACUAGCAUAUUGUUUAGCAAAAUGUUCAUAUAAUUAAUUGUCAACAUUUUCAAACAUCAUAGAGGUGGGCAUUUAAAUUUUUCUAUUUCAAUUGACAUUCUAGCUUAAAUGCUCUCAUAAAAAAAAAACUUAAUUUACGCUUAAAAAAAUAAGUUUUAAUAAAAACAUUUUUAGUGCUGCAUAAUAUCAUGGAAAAAAAGGUGAAAUUAAAAUAAAUGCUUAUCUAUGUUGAAAAAGAGGAACACCUAUUUAAACAUAUGUGUCAAAGAAUUUAAUUUUUAAUACAAUCUAGCCAAAGUUCAACUAUCUAAAGUUCGCCCUAAAACAACAGCAAAUAAAAUUAUCAGUUGAGAACUCAUUGAUGCGUUAAGAUUUUGGUUAAAACAUGUAAAAAAAAAAAUUGAGUAAAAUAUGUUUUCUUUUACAUCAACUGUUUAAAUAGGACAUACGAAAAAUCAGUUUGCAUUUUACAUUAUGAUUAUAUCAAACUAUUAUAUUUGCAAUUUUUAAUAAGAAUUAUUAUGCUUUUGAAAAAAUGUGAUUUUUUUUAAAUUUGAAGUGGAAAUAUAUAUUUACUGUAUGAAAUGUUUGUGGACAAGAUGUAUAAAUAAACUGCAUUUUGUUUUUUGA